GCGUUUCAUAGCCGGCUCACCUCUAAGAGUUGGCCGGUGAGCUUUUGGCUCUUUCUUCCCCAUCCCAAUUGUUGAGCUUUUACUUCGAGAUUUGGUGAUUUCUCCUGUCCGUUGUUUUGAUUCAUAUUGAGCUGCCUGCCGGCCAUGUGGCAACCUUGAUGGCCAGGGUGGUCCGUGCUCCACACUUCCAAUUGCAGCCAGCUUGCAGAAGCUCUUUUGUAACGCGACAUCAUUUCGAGGGUUGGGUCGCAUUCCAUUCACUUCUCCCGCAAUACCACCAAACACUUUUGUUUGCGCAGAUGAAAGAUUAUGACACGGUAGCAGCAUUUCUUUCACAUUUAUUCCUACCGCCUGAAUUGCUCUCUGGCAUUGCUACCACCACCUAACCAUGUCCGGCUUUCUCUCUUUGAUAGCAUGGAGCUUCCUCCCCAACCUGGUAACAGGCUGGACGCAAACAAUCCUCUACAGCAUCCUCAUCCGCGCCGGCGACCCCCACCCCACGCCGGGAACCCCCCGAUGGGCCGAACACCGUCGCAAAAUCCACAUUGCCGUCGUCACGGUUUAUUUGUUGUAUACCAUCUACGAAGCCGAUCAUGACAUACAAUCCACCCCCUCAUUUUACUCCUCCCUUGGAGUCCCCUUGACAGCCACAGAGAAGGAGAUCAAAUCCCGCUUCCGGAGACUGGCGGCGCACUUCCAUCCAGACAAGAUCAAAGACAGCAAGAUCGCUGCCGACGAUGCGAAUACCUACUUUGUGCACCUGCAGCUGGCGCAGGAUACGUUGACGAACGGGGCCAAGAGGUUUGCUUACGAUCGGUUUGGGCCGGAGGCGGUGACGGGGUGGCAGCAUUGCAGCAGCGUGGCAGAUUAUGUGUACAGGGGCUUCAAGGGGAUCGUGCCGUACUACACGCUGGCGGCGCUGUCGAUGUACGGGUUUGGGUUGCUGGGGUAUCUGGACUGGGGAAAGUUUGAGAGGUGGUUGGUGCUGGCGCUGCUGUUUUUGUUUGAGAGCCAUGCCGUCACGAGACCGUACCCGCCGGUUUUGCUGACAAUGUUUAUUAACCCUUUUGUUACUUGGUUUCCUGGCCGGCAGCCGUAUUUGCAGUUUCAGGCGAUUACGCUGGCCAAGAAGUUGGCGUUGACGCUGUAUCUGGCCUUUUCGCAGAUUGGUCCGUUGCUGACGGCUGAUACGACGAGUGGGAACAUUGUUGUGGGAAGGGGUGGGACGGGGACGGGGAAUGAGGAGCAGGAGUUGAGGAAGGGGCUUGAGAGGUUGGAGGGGACGGUCAGGAGGUUGGAUACGGAUGCGACGAAUUUGUUGCAGUUGGAACUGGCGCCGUUUGCGGGGGAUGAGAAGGGGAUGGGGGAGGUGUGGAGGCGGGUGAGGGAGUGGUUGGUGCAUAAUACUAUUAGGAGUGAUCCGAUGGUGAGGGAUGCUAUGGGACGGAGUUUGGCGAGGAGGAGGACGGGGGCGCCGGUUGGGGCCAGGGGGACGAGGUAGAGGGUGUACGGUGACAAGGGGAAUGGAGUUUUGGGUUUGGGUUUGGGUUUGGGUUUAGAUGAGUUUCAAUGAGAGCGUUGAUUUUUUAUGAACUAUUUGGGGGCGGAAGAGGGUUUGAUAUUUGUUGAGUGUAUGUGAUCUAAGAGCUCUAUUCGAGCCAGCUAUCACCCCUCAAGACAUCCUCCCAGGUUUGGUCAUCUCCCCGGACAAAUUCUUUGCUGUCAACAACGUCCUUGGCGCCAAAGUUGCCGUAGAGAUGGGGGCAGCCGUUGGUGCCGGGGACUUCGUCCCAUUUUACGCUUUCUUGGGGGAAGUUGGAGAGGCGGAGUUUGAGGAUGUGGAAGGACUUGAAUGAGGUGAAGAAGAGGGAGGAGGUGAUGGGGACCUUGGGGGCUGUGUUAGCACAGCAGAAAGAUUAUGUCAUGUUGAGGGGAAGGGGAUAUGUACGUCAAAUGGAUAUGAUUGACACAAGUAAGAGGUGGUGGUAAGGUGAGGAGGCGAGGAACUAGGACAAAACGGGCACUAGAUAAACACUGACCUGCCGUGCGGUGCUCAGGUGCACGAACCCGUCUUGCCGGUCGAGAUCCGAGAGCGGAUAAAAAUCGGGGAUCGGGGAGGGCGGGGCGGAGGGGAUGAUCUUGUAGACGUAGGUUGGGAGGGGGGAGGGGGGGGAUUGGCCGCUCAUUUUGCUGCGUUGGGGGGUUUGUUACUGUUGUAGGGCUGAAUGGAUGUUGAGAAUAAGGGUCUGAAUUGUUCGGUUGUGUUUGAGUGAGACUAAAAGUGAGGUGGUGAAGUCAGGUUGAGGGGUGAUGAGAUAAGCAGAUGCUGGUGGUAAGCUGCAAGAAUGGUGACAGGUGAGCUGGGUCCACUUUAUUACACGUGGGAGAGGUUCAUGAAGUCUGGACUUCUCUUCAAAAGUACCUUAGCCAUGAAGUUUGAGUUCAAGAUUUUAAAAUGGCCCUGAAGGGAAGGUAUCUUUAGAAGUGUGGCUCAUUUGAUCUUGUGAUGGUCGAAGGCAACCCUAUGCCUCAAAGCCAAAGCUGCAAUUCAUCAUCGACCAAGCAUAGAACCAAAGAAGGUAGCAUAACCUCACCACAAUCCUGCCUAUUUUCAUGCGUCCCCCAACCCUGCAACGGUGAUCUUCCCACCUUGCAUAUGUACGUGUUGUCCGCACGAUCAACUCAGGGGGUUCCCUUUGCCCCGGAAAAUCCCAUCCGUCUUCGUUUCUGAAGAUUCAC